GCUCGAGCCAAAAAUUCUCAAAUAUCAUUUCUGUAAUUCGGCAACCAUUUACAAAUACCGUUAGUAUAAUUAUGAAUUCAGAAGGUUAUACUUUAGAUCAGAUGUGUACUAUUAUAUCCAUUGAAAUUCUUAAACUUAAGGUGGGAAAACUUGGAAGUAAUACGAUAAAAAGUUUUUACAAUAGGGUUAAUAUAAAAAGCGAAAACUUAGAGAAAAUAG